AUGGCUGCUGCGUCCUCCCCUGGGCCCGAUGGCCGCCCGGCCGAGAGUAAGGAGGCCAGUUCCAAAUGGCUGGACGCGCACCACGAUCCCCUGGCCAACAUCCACACUUUUUCCUCCUGCCUGGCACUGGCAGAUUUGCACGGGGACGGGGAGUACAAGCUGGUGGUGGGCGACCUCAGCGCCCAGGGCAGCCAGCCCUGCCUGAAGGUGUUCAAAGGGCCGACGGUGCAAAGCGAGAUCCCACUGCCCGGGCUGCCCACGGCCGCCACCAGCUUCCUCAUGGAGCUGCAUGAGCCCCGCACACCCGCACUGGCCGUGGCCUCAGGCCCCUGUGUCUACCUGUACAAGAACCUCAGGCCCUACUUCAAGUUCACGCUGCCCUCGCUGCCCACAAACCCUCUGGAGGUAGACCUGUGGAACCAGGCUAAGGAGGACCGGAUCAACCCCUUAACCCUGAAGGAGAUGCUGGAGGGCAUCCGGGAGAAGGCUGAGGUACCUUUGUCAGUCCAGUCGCUCAGGUUCCUGGUACUGAUGGACCAAAGUGAAAUGGAGGCGUUUGUGAACCAGCACAAGGCGCGGCCCAUCAAGCGCCAGACGGUCAUCACGGCCAUGACCACCCUGAAGAAGAGUCUGGCAGACGAAGACGCCAUAUCGUGCCUGGUGUUGGGCACGGAGAAUCAGGAGCUGCUGGUGCUGGACCCUGAGGCCUUCACCAUUCUCUGCAAGAUGAGCCUGCCCAGCAUCCCCGUCUUCCUGGAGGCUUCUGGCCAGUUUGACGUGGAGUUCCGACUUGCCGCCGCCUGCCGCAAUGGGAAUAUCUACAUCCUGAGAAGAGACUCCAAGCACCCCAAGUACUGCAUUGAACUGAGCGCCCAGCCCGUGGGCCUCGUCCGCGUCCACAAGAUCCUGGUGGUGGGCAGCACGCAGGACUGCCUGCAUGGUUUCACCCACAAGGGGAAGAAGCUGUGGACGGUACAGCUGCCUGCAGCCAUCUUGACCAUGAGUCUACUGGAGCAGCGCUCCCGGAGCUUGCAGGCCACCAUGGCCGGGCUGGCCAAUGGCGAGGUCCGCAUCUACCACGACAAGGCACUCAUCAACAUCAUCCACGCCCCGGAUGCCGUGACUGGCCUGUGCUUUGGCCGCUAUGGGCGGGAAGAUAACACCCUGGUCUUGACCAUGAAAGGUGGCGGCCUGAUGAUCAAGAUCCUGAAGCGCACGGCAGUGUUUGCCGAGGGGGGCGGCGAGGCAGGGCCCCCCCCAGCCCAGGCCACCAAGCUCAGUGUGCCACGGAAGACGCGGCUGUAUGUGGACCAGACACUGCGAGAACGGGAGUCGGGCACCGCCAUGCACCGGACCUUCCAGACUGACCUGUAUCUGCUGCGCCUGCGGGCCGCCCGCACCUACGUGCAGGCCCUUGAGUCCAGCCUGAGCCCCGUGUCGGCGGCUGCCCGGGAGCCGCUCAAACUACACGCAGUGGUGCAGGGCCUCGGCCCCACAUUCAGGCUCACGCUGCACCUUCAGAACACAUCCUCGGCCCGGCCUGUCCUGGGCCUGCUCGUGUAUUUCCUGUACAGUGAGACCCUCUACAGGCUGCCCCGAGCCUUCUUCAAGGUCCCCUUGCUGGUGCCAGGGCUCAGCUACCCCCUGGAGACCUUUGUGGAAAGUCUCAGUGACAAGGGCGUCACCGACAUCAUCAAGGUGCUGGUGCUCCGGGAAGGCCAAAGUGCGCCCCUGCUUAGUGCCCACAUCAACAUGCCAGUGAGCGAGGGGCUGGUGGCCGCCUGACCCGGGCAGCUGAUCCCGGCCUUACGGAAUGGGCCAGAAGACCCGACUCCAUCUGCGAGCUGGGCGGGUUCUGCACUCUCAAGCCUGUUCCCCAUGCUGCAGCCUCUUACCUCCCAGAUGCCCCUUUCUCACCUCCCAGAGCAGCCACAGCGGCUUCCUGAGUCCUGGAGGUCACAGUGAAGAUGGAAGGAA